CCAUAGUACAAUAUCUGUAAUCCUUAUCCAUAGACAAGUCCCUGUCAUAGAUCCUUACAUAACCUUCAAUUAUAACGGUCUGAAUUGAAUAGAAAAUCCGUUAUUUUUCAUUAAUAAAAAAACUUAACAAGCAUGAGAACCACUCAAACAUUAUUAAAGCAACAUAUUGGUUGGUAUUUCAAAAAACAUUGGAAGAUACAAGGAAAAAGAACACCCGUGAUUACUAGUGCAGAAAAGAUUUUGAAGAACGCAGGCUUCCCUGUUUAUAAAGCUGAAGAUAUUGCUAGCGACAAAAAAAUUGAACAAAUUGAAGAAAAUGAUAAUAACAAUUUAGGCCUCUUGAAUAAGACUCAUCCCAAUUGGCAUGAAAAAAUAUGUUACACUUAUAAAGAUGAUAAUGUACUAUUAGAAGGGCUGAACCAGGCUAAAAUAAUCACCAAAACGGUUGAAAUUAAAGAAGGGCUACCAGACAAUUUCACACUAAAAAAUGCAACAGAAGAUGUACAUAAAAAAGUGAAGAAUAUUAUAUUUAAUAGUCAUCUUUUUGAUGCCGAA